AUGUUUCCGUUCACAGCUGGCGAUCGCCUGCUGGAUAUACCCUGCAAGGUGUGCGGGGACCGCAGUUCGGGCAAACAUUAUGGCAUCUACAGUUGUGAUGGCUGCUCAGGAUUCUUCAAGCGUAGCAUUCAUCGCAAUCGCAUUUACACCUGCAAGGCCACCGGUGAUCUGAAGGGUCGAUGUCCUGUGGACAAGACCCAUAGGAAUCAAUGUCGGGCCUGUCGACUUGCCAAAUGCUUUCAAUCGGCCAUGAAUAAGGACGCUGUUCAACAUGAGCGUGGUCCACGGAAACCGAAGCUACAUCCGCAGUUGCAUCAUCAUCAUCAUCAUGCGGCGGCUGCAGCAGCGGCCCAUCAUGCUGCCGCUGCCCACGCCCACGCCCACGCCCACCAUCACCAUCACCAUCAUCACGCGCAUGCGGCGGCGGCUCAUCAUGCGGCGGCCGCAGCAGCAGCUGCCGCUGGACUGCAUCAUCAUCAUGGCGGACACUUGCCGGUGUCGCUGGUGACCAACGUGUCGGCAUCAUUCAACUACACGCAACACAUUUCGACGCAUGCACCGCCGAGUGGUUUCCAUUUGGCCACAGGUGCUCAGCCAGCGGCACAUCCUCACCAGCCACAGGUGCAGGCAGCUCAUCCUGGCCAGCAGUCAGCCUCGCAUGCAACGGCCUUUCAUCAUCCAGGUCAUGGACACGCACUGGCACCGCAUGGAGCUCUUCAAAAUGGCAGUGGGUCAGUCAGUGGUGGUGGUGGUGGUGCUUCGACUGUUGCCAUGACAUUUCCACCACAUUUGCUGCAUCACAAUCUGAUUGCCGAGGCGGCCAGCAAGUUGCCAGGCAUAACGGCGGCAACGGCAACGGCAGUGGCUGCAGUCGUCUCAACGGGACCCUACGCCCAGGCCACGCCCACAGCGAACAACUAUUCAUCGCCCUCGCCCAGCAAUUCCAUACAGUCCAUAUCGAGCAUUGGUUCCCGCAGUGGCGGUGGUCGAGUGUUCGACGGGGAUGGCGACGGAGAUGCAGAUGGAGACGGAGACGGAGGUCUUAGCCUGGGCAGCGAGAGUCCACGGGUUAAUGUCGAAACGGAGACACCAUCGCCAUCGGCGUCGCCACCUCUGAGUGCUGGCAGUGUGUCGCCGGCGCCAACGUUGACCGACUCACAGAGUCUGGCCGCAUCCAGCACAUCGCCACAUCCGCCACAGAACUCGACGUACUGCCUCAGCGAAGCAUCGCAUCAGACCAACAACGACACAAUGCCGCUUCUCAUGCACAGCAUUCAUGUCAACAACAACAACAACAACAGUAACAGCAACAACAAUAACCACUACAACCAAAACAAGAACAACAAACAGCUUAGCUACACAUCAGGAUCACCAGCACCAACAACACCGACACCACCACCAUCAUCAGCGUUGCCAACGCCACGUUCUGGCAGCGGCUGCCACGCCUCCAACGGCUUCCUGGAGCUGUUGCUGAGUCCCGACAAGUGCCAGGAGCUCAUCCAGUACCAGGUGCAACACAAUGCUCUGCUCUUUCCGCCACCGCUGCCACAGCAACUGCUCGACUCGCGUCUCCUCUCCUGGGAAAUGCUGCAGGAGACGACGGCGCGUCUUCUCUUCAUGGCUGUGCGUUGGGUCAAGUGCCUCAUGCCGUUCCAGACAUUGUCCAAGAAUGAUCAGCACCUACUGCUUCAGGAGUCCUGGAAGGAGCUCUUUCUGCUUAACCUCGCCCAGUGGACAAUUCCAUUAGAUCUAACGCCGAUCUUGGAGUCACCGCUGAUCAAGGAGCGUGUGCUGCAGGAUGAGGCGACGCAAACGGAAAUGAAGACCAUCCAGGAGAUACUCUGCCGGUUUCGUCAGAUCACGCCGGAUGGCAGCGAAGUGGGUUGCAUGAAGGCGAUCGCGUUGUUUGCUCCGGAGACAGCCGGACUGUGCGAUGUGCAGCCGGUGGAGAUGCUGCAGGAUCAGGCGCAGUGCAUUCUGUCCGAUCAUGUGAGGUUGCGGUAUCCACGUCAGGCCACACGCUUUGGACGACUCCUCCUUCUGCUUCCCUCACUGCGCACGAUACGAGCGGCGACCAUCGAGGCGCUCUUCUUCAAGGAGACCAUCGGAAAUGUUCCCAUUGCGCGGCUGCUGCGGGAUAUGUACACCAUGGAGCCGGCACAGGUGGACAAGUAGAUCAUGGAUAAACUAAACCAACUGCAAGUGGGCGUCCAAUGUAAUCAAAAUCGAAUCGCGUUGCAUUUAAGCGGCAUCAAUUUUUGUCACUUGACAAAAUAUUUGUGCUCCAACUAAAAAAAAUAAGAGA